UCACCUGCUCGCACCUCCACGGUGGACACCACCUGGCACUUCCUCCUCCUCGGCCACAUGUCCGUCACCAUCGCCAUGGCCAUCGCCACCACUAGCAGCACUGAGAAGGAACUCAAUCAGUUCCCGCCGCAUGGUGUGCAGGGCCGCUGUGUUGUGUUGCGCCUGGAUGAGGCCGAUCAGCGGGAUAAAACCAUGGCCCGUCUGCAGCAGCGCCUGCGCACCCGGUACGCUGAUCCCACCCCUGCCAUGGCGUCGUUGGGCCACACACACACACACACACACACACACAAGUGCGUCACCUCAUCCUUCUGCUCUGCUCUGCUCACGGAUGCUAUACUUACCUGUGGUCAGUGACUGUGUCGCGCGUGUAGUUGUAAGUGCGGAUCUUUUCGCUCCUGUCGCCCGUGCCCUGGUGCUCUGCGCGCACGUCCGAGGCCGCCUGCCAUGCCACCAGGAAGGCACACCAUUCGUGUCUGGUGUCGUGUGUAGGGGAUAGGGUGUGUGUGUGUGUGUGUGUGUGUCAUUGGGGGGCGGGGACUACCUGUGCCUUGGUUCUGCGCUGUAUGUCGAAGAGCCGGGCCCUCAGCAGCGACAUGGCCUUGACGCGAUUGGAAAUCUGGCAGCAAAAGAAGCAGACAGACAGACAGACAGACAGACAGAUGUGUGUUCGUUUCAUGAGUGUCGGCGGCCAUGGGCAUGGCUGCGCUGCGCUGCGUGUGUAGAUUAGAUUACCAGUGAGGAUGUGUCGCUGACUUUGACGGCGAUUUUGGUGGGUUUGUGUGUGAUCCUGACGGCCGUGUCGGCCAUGUUGACGCUCUGCCCCCCCGGCCCGCUGCCCCGCAUGCUCUCGAUCUUCAAAUCGCCAGAAGAUAUCGACACUACACACACACACACACACACACAUAUCACAGAUAAGGCACGACCCACUCCUCCCCUCUCUGUGCCCAUCUCCCUCUCUUGCCUUCAGUCGUGUCAGCCUUGGGCAGGACGACCACCGAUGCGGCACUGGUGUGGAUGCGCCCCAUCCUCUCCGUCUUGGGCACCCGCUGCACCCGGUGGACCCCGCCCUCCCACUUGAGCCAGCCGUGGGGGGCGGCCGCACUGCCGCUCACCUCGGCGAUGGCCUCCCUGUAGCCCUCACCGCCCCCCUCUGAAGACCGCUUGACGUCCAGCGGCGUGAAGGUGAGCGCGAGGGCGGUGCAUGCGCUCUCGUACAUGUGGAAGAGCUCACGGGCGAAAAGGCACGCCUCCUGCCCACCCACGCCCGGACGGACCUGCCACACACACACACACACACACACACACACAAACACACAAAAGAGUGUCAGUGUAUGUGUGUGUUUUUGUGGGGAUGGAUCUAGCCACCUCGAGAAUGACGUCCCUCGCGUCCAUUCCCUCGUCGUUGAGCAUUUCCUCCUCCAUCUUGCCCUCCACCUCCCGCACCUUGGCCAACACUGCCGCCCUCUCACGCUGCACAAACGCACUGUCGCCCUCUCCUCCCCCCUCGCCCUCUGUCAGCAGGCUAUCAGCCACCUUCAGCUCCUCAGCCAGGUGCACCAGAUGCUCGCAGUGAGGCAGCAGCCGCCGGCAGACUGCGGCCAAGGGCGGCUCAGUGGGUGCAGGCAGCCAGGGCGACUUGAUGCGGGGAGGGGUGGGCGAGAAGGCGCGCCGCUUGACCACCUCGGAGGCGAUUGUGAUGAGCUCCUCGUCGACGCCGCAGUCAUCGGUAGCAUGCGCAGCAUCGGAAGAUUGGAACCGACGGCAGAUGAGGAGCCCGCUGCAGGGCAAACGAUGAGAGGGAUAGCGGCUGAUGAUGGUGACGGUGGUCCAGCAGCUUCUGAUCAU